CACCCCUUAGCAUAUUAAAACCCGAUUCCUAUGAGGUGAUUUUUAAUAGGUCUUCGCUCAAAAAAAAUGUAAUAAAAGAAGGAUCAACAUCAACAGAAUAACAAUUCUCAAAAUCCAAAAACAAUUCUCCCUAGAUCAAAUCCAAAAAAAAAAAAAAAAAAAAAGUUUUAGCGGGUCAAAUAUAAUUCCGGGUUUAAACCCGACCCGAUGUACCUCCCUAUCCAAAAACAACAAAGUCCUUCAACAAAACAAAUUUCACACACUCUCCUUUGUAUUUCCACCAAAAGCAACAAUGGCAGUAACACUUCCGACAACUUCUUCCUCGUAUAUACACUCGACAACUACGAUUCCUCAAACUUCUUUAAGCUGCCACAACAAAGCUUAUGUUGGAUUAAGAGUCCAAUCACCAAAUUCUUAUGGAGUUGCAGCAACGUCUAAUUUGAAUGUUGAAUUUUACAACAGAGUUUACAAAUGUGUCGAAUCCGGAAGAAAAGACAGCAAAGCAACACGUUCACGAGUUUCCAUGAUGCCCAUUGGGACACCAAAGGUGCCCUAUAGAAAUCCAAUUGAGGGAACAUGGCAAUGGGUUGAUUUGUGGAAUGCUCUUUACCGUGAACGUGUUAUUUUCAUUGGAGAAGAGAUAAAUGAAGAAUUUAGCAACCAGGUAUUGGCAACAAUGCUGUACCUUGACACUAUUGAUGAUUCCAAGAGGAUCUACCUAUAUAUCAAUGGCCCUGGUGGGGAUCUAACUCCAACCAUGUCCAUCUACGACACAAUGCAAAGUUUGAAAAGUCCUGUUGGCACCAACUGUGUGGGUUAUGCCUUCAAUCUUUCCGCUUUUCUUCUUGCUGCUGGUGAAAAGGGCCAUCGAUUUGCAAUGCCUCUUUCAAGGAUUGCACUACAAUCUCCAGCUGGAGCUGCACGCGGACAGGCCGAAGAUAUCCGUAAUGAAGCAGCUGAACUGCUCAGAAUUAGAGAUUACCUUUACAAGGAGUUGUCUGAGAAGACAGGCCAGCCUGUUGAAAAGAUUCACAAGGAUUUAGAUCGGACGAAGCGAUUCAAUGCUCAAGAAGCUCUUGAAUACGGUCUUAUUGACCGUAUAAUUAGGCCUCCCCGUGUUAAGGCAGAUGCUCCGCGAAAGGAUACCACAGCAGGUCUUGGUUAAGUCCAUAUGCCUCUCGUAAACAAACUGGCUGAUAGUGGUUGUACAACUUGCAGUAUUGUUUUGCAUUUUCUUGUUUUUCUGCAAAUUGAACUCCUUUGAUCUACUGAUUAAAAAGAAAAAAUCUACACCAAAAAUGAGAACAGUUGCAGAGCUGUUGAAAGAAUUGGUAGAUAUAGAUGAAAUUUAAUCUUUGGUAUCAUUUUGUGUGUCCAACUCGUAACUUUUUUCAAUAAACUUAUUUAGUUAUA